GAACGGGUUAGCCCCCUAGAGCUCUCAACUGACCCAGGAAAAUAUGCCUAAGGCCCUAGAUUCUCUCGGAAAUUUCGAGAAGCUCCGCAGAGCUCAUAACUGCCGCAGCUUUCGCCCGUCACCCGUUGAUCUCGACUCGAGUUGAAUUCAACCAGCACAUCUCUUCCCUUCUCAUUCCAACUCAACCACUACUGACUCCUGGAAACAUGGCUGACGCUUUGAAGGCAGAGGGCAACAAAGCCUUCUCUGCAAAGGACUAUCCUACUGCUAUCGACAAGUUCACUCAGGCCAUCGCAAUCGAACCCCAGAACCAUAUCCUUUACUCCAACCGUUCUGCUGUGUACUCAGCUCAGGCUGAGUAUGAGAAGGCUCUCGAAGAUGCCAACAAGGCCACGGAAAUCAAGCCGGAUUGGUCCAAAGGCUGGCAGCGUAAGGGAGCUGCCUAUCGCGGUCUUGGAGACCUCUUGGCCGCUCACGAUGCGUACGAAGAAGCCCUUAAAAUCGAACCCGGAAACGACCAGGCUAAAUCCGGCUUCAACGCCGUCAAGAGAGCCAUCGAUGCCGAAGCUCAGGCUGACGGUGUCACUGGCGACCCUCUAGGAGGACUCGGUGGCAUUUUCAACGAUCCUCAGCUUUUCCAGAAGCUGGCCAGCAACCCAAAGACCUCUGCUCUCCUAGCAGACGCCGAAUUCAUGUCUAAAUUGCAGCGCAUCAAGGAGAACCCGAAUAGUGUCGGAGAAGAGAUCAAGGAUCCUCGCUUUUUGCAGGUCAUGAGUGUUCUGUUAGGUAUUGAUAUGAGCUUUGGUGCUCCUCCCGACGCUGCUGCCUCUUCUGGCGCCACGGAACCCCAAGAAGAUGUUCCCAUGCCUGAUGUCCGCCCCGCCGCCUCUGAGCAGAAGAGGGAACCCGAACCUCAGCCUGAGCCCGAGCCCGAGGAUGAAGAAGCAAUCGCAAAGAAGAAGGCACAGGAAGCUGGGGAUGCAGAGAAGAAGAUCGGUAACGAUUUUUACAAGAAGAGACAGUUCGAUGAGGCUGUUCAGCACUACGAAAAGGCCUGGGAGCUGAACAAGGACAUCACCUAUCUCAACAACAUUGGCGCCGCUAAGUUCGAGAAAGGUGAUCUUCAUGGUGCUAUUGAAAUUUGCCAAAAGGCCAUCGAAGAAGGCCGUGAAGUUAGAGCGGACUUCAAGACUAUGGCCAAAGCUUACACAAGAAUUGGUACAGCGUAUGAGAAGCUGGGCGACCUCACCCAGGCGAUCGAGUACUACAACAAGUCACUCACCGAACACCGGACCCCAGAUGCUCUUACAAAGCUCCGCAAUGCCGAAAAGACCAAGAUUAAGGCUGAGAAGGAAUCAUACAUUGAUCCCGCCGAGGCUGAGAAGGCCCGCGAGCUCGGUCAGAAGAAGUUCCAAGAGGCCGACUGGCCCGGUGCUGUUGACGCUUUCACUGAGAUGACGAAGCGUGCUCCUCAGGAUCCCAGAGGAUUCUCCAACCGUGCCGCAGCUCUUAUCAAACUUAUGGCCUUCCCUCAGGCUGUUCAGGACUGCGACGAGGCAAUCAGCCGCGAUCCCAAGUUCAUCCGUGCUUAUAUGCGUAAAGUGCAGGCCCUGGUGGCCAUGAAGGAGUACAACAAGGCCUUGGACGCUUGCACCGAAGCGCAGGAGAAUGACGAUGGAACACACGCUCGUGAAAUUGAUCAGCAACAACAGAAGUGCUUGGACGCUCAAUUCAGCUCUCGUGCGGGUGAGACUGAGCAACAGACCAUGGAGAGAAUCCAGAACGAUCCAGACAUCAUGGCUAUCCUUCAGGAUCCAGUCAUGCAGAGUAUUCUGCAGCAGGCCAAGAGUGACCCUGCGGCACUGCAGGAACACAUGCAGAAUGCGCAGGUCCGACUAAAGAUUCAGAAGUUGAUGGCUGCUGGUGUCAUCCGUCUUGGACGGUAAACGGUGUCUCCGUGGUUGUGGAUCUAAAUACGAUGGGAUGAAUUGAGACGACAGUAAUCUGUUUUCGCAAAAAAAGGCUCGUUCAUGAAUUGAUGCAUCU